AUGUCAGGCUUCGAGGUUGUUGGCGUCGUACUGGGUGCCAUCCCACUAAUCAUCUCUGCCAUAGACUCCUACAAAGCCACUAGCCAGAGGAUCAAAUUUAUGGUCAAGAAAGAACUCCUCCUGAAUCAGUUGAUCCAGUCGUUAGAAGAGCAAAAGUUUUAUUUUCAGACCGAUAUCUGCUUAGCACUCAAGGAAGCCCAUCUCGAAGAGAAACAAAUAAUUGCACAGAUUGAUGAACGGGGCUUGAAUCUGUUCCAAGAUCCAGAGAUCUCAGAUGCUCUGAAAGAGUACCUUGGAGAAGGGUUUACUCUGUACAUUAAUGCUGUCGCCCGAUGCGAGCAUAUCCUUAGCGACAUUAUCGCCAAUAUCAGCGGUCUCGUAGCAACACCUCAGUGGAACAGGAACGACCUCCCGACAAUUCUCCAGUCUCAACCAAAACGAAAUGGUAGAUUCGAAUUUACUAAGCGAAUCAAAUUCAGUGUCGGAAAAGAAGAUCUACAGCGACAAAUCUACGACCUAGAUGAAUCGACAAAAACAUUAAGCCGACUGAGGGACCAGAGCAUAGCAAGGCAAAAUGUCACAGUCCAGCCCAUGUCCAGGGCCAUAGCAAGAUUCACCGCAGCCUUGAAUGCCGUCCAGAGCUAUGCGCACCGUUUAUUGUUCCUCCAAACGAGAUCAACGGCAAUGAAUAAGAAUCACUCAAAUCCCCCGAGAACCCCAAGUCCCUCCCUGCAACUCAUUGAAGGCCUCUGUCAAUCUAUACAUCAAGCAUAUGAGAGGAGACAAUCACUUGAUCUCUAUUUGUCACGAUGUGCCAAACUCUGCUACUCUCAUGGUUCAGUAGACCCUGGCAUAAAUAUAAACGUUAAUGAUAGACCAUCUCAUGAUACUAUCACACUCAAAGAUGCUCUGUUCAUAAUGCAGAAUUCGAAAUCCACUAUGCCCAAAUGGACGAUAAACCAGCAAAUGGCUCUUUCAUUCAAUAUUACAUCUUCCAUGAUGCAACUCCACUCUACACCAUGGUUGGCAACUCCUCUAACUAGCUCCUCUAUACGAUUUACGCCUGAUCCUAUGAAGUUCAAAAGUCCACCUCAGCCCUUUAUAGUGAGCGCAUUUCCUACUAAGAGUCAUGCGACAUCUCCAUAUACCACAAAGGCUUCCAUGCUCGAGCUGGGAAUAAUCCUGCUUGAAAUCUGGCAUAUGAGAUCUAUCGACAAUUAUGCGUCUGAAAAAGCCUUGAAGAUGGAUGACAGCUACGGAACCCGCUACGAAAUAGCCAGGCAUUGGCUCAAUUUUAGUGAUGAUAGUAUGCUUCCAUUCUAUCUAGAAUUGGUAACUAGAUGCAUUGAAUGCACGUUUGCCACUACGUCAGCAACACCCGACUGGGAUGAUCUGACCUUUAGAAAGUCGGUCUGCGAGCAUGUGUUGAAACCUUUGUGGGAGAACUGUCCACGGAAGCUCUGGUAG